AUGCUUGCGGAAAUUCUAACAGUCGCCCUCCUUGGGUUUGCAGACGCGCAGCAACGGGUUAAACUUAAAAAUGUGGAUGUUUUAACCCUCUACGCUGGUAAAAUGACCACCGGGCGAAGAUCUUCUCCUGUUCCUCAGCUUCAGUGUAUGGGAGGCUCUGCAGGCUGCUCAGCGUUCGUUCCCUCCGUCGUUCAAUGUUACAAUCGCGGUACAGAUGGCCAGGACAUUCAAUGGGAGUGCAAAGCUGACAUGGAAAUGAAGUACAAAUUUGGCCAGAUUCGAGUCACCGGCGAAGGCUUCGAUUACCCCGAUGACCCGUACAUUCUCGCCGGUAGUUGUGGCUUAGAGUACACUAUUGAUCGCGUUGGCGGAUCGACUUCUAGCUCGAGCUUUGGAGGAACGAGCUUUUGGAGCAGCAGCUCUGAAGAUUCUGAAGAAGGUUCUUGGGCUCUCUUCAUAAUAAUCGCAUUUGUUCUUUACCUCCUCGUGACCAGCUUCAAUAACGCCAAUUCUGAUGACCGACCCCCUCCUUACAAUCCCGAUUUCAUCCCUCCCGCAGGCACCAAUCCUGGAACGAACAACACUGGCUACUUUUCUGGCCCUGGUCGUGGCUCCUCGUCUUCUUCUUCUGAUGGCCCUGGGUUCGGAACAGGUUUUGCCGCUGGAGCAGCGACCGGUUUUGCAGCAGGAACUGCGAGUGCGAAUAGGAGAAGAAAUAGAGGCUGGUUCGGCGGAGGAAACAGCUGGUUUGGCGGAAACAAUUGGGGAACGAAUAACAGCUAUUCUCAAGGAUUUCAUGAUGGUAGACGAUCAAGUCCUUCUCCACGACGAAGCUCAUCUCCUGUCUCGACAAAAACAGCUUCUGGAUUUGGCGGAACAAAGCGCCGUUGA